GACUCCGAUAAUUCCGGUCCUGUUUUGCGACACUGAAUGGAGCUGUAAACUCAACUCUCAAGUCACUGGAGAGAAUUACGUGCGGAUUCCGACAUUCCGGUCCUACACUUGAGUGCGGCGUCGACUAUCAAGGGAUCCGAAAUUCCGAAUAGCAAACCUCGAACUCAGGCUCAAGGAAGGCUGUCCCUCGCCAGACGAGCACCAUGACGGGUAGAAGAGGCCCAAGCCAUUCGGGGCCUUACAGCCUUGCCUGCAUCAGCUGCUUCAAGUCGAAAAGCAAAUGCGUCGCCCGUCCUGACGGCGAGGGUUGCCAGAGGUGCCACCGGCUGAAGAGACAGUGUUCACCUUCAAACUCGCUGCGUAACCGCAGCAAUGAGAAGAAGCAAACCUCAGCAGCUCGGAUUGCUGAACUUGAGAGCAAGCUUGACGGCCUGAUUUCACAACUCCAGCCAAGCAACAUACAUGUGAGCGAGCUUAUCGACAGGGAUGUCGAUGGCAUUACACGUGCUCCUCUCUCUCAGGCUCCUCUCCCGCCGCCGGUCGUGACUCCCGUGAGCGUCUUGGAGCUCCCGAAGCUGCAAAUCUCCAAUGCCCAAGACGAAACUCUGCUUAGCACGUUCAGGUCGAGCAUGCUCCCACAUUUUCCUUUCAUACACCUCCCAGCCGAGUUGACCGCUCACCAACUGCGCCGGGAUAGACCAUACCUGUUCCAAGCCAUCGCAUGCGUUUCGACGCCCUUCGUGAGGGAAAAGGUUGAGCGAGGCGGGGAGCUAAAGAAGGCGAUCUGCAAUGCCAUGUUGGAACGCAAAACCCAGGCCACCGCAGAUACGGUAGACCUGUUGCUAGCACUCUUGGCAUAUAUCUCUUGGGGCUGGGAUCACGUACUCGGUGGAAACAGCAUGUUAUUUCUCAUAUCGCAGGCCAAAGCAAUGGCCCACGAGAUCGGGAAGCAUCUCGACGGCAAUGGUUCUCAAGAUAUGAAGCUCAUGGCUCUUUUCCUCCCCAGCUUUCACUCCAGCUCCGGAAAGGUGAGGGAGGAGACCAAGCAGGAGUUCCUGGAACAUCAGCGGGCUGUAUUAGGGUGUUUUGUCCUCAGCUCCAUCUAUUCCGACUCCUGCGGUCUGGGAGAGCCAUUGCUAUGGACAGCGCAGAUGGAAAACCGCCUUGCAGCCAUUAGCACAGAGACCACCGGCUGUCCGACGGACUCUCUCCUCGCCACCCAGGUCCGUCUGCAACUCCUCACACGAAAAGGCAUCGAGGUCCAUCAGCAGCAGCAAUUAGACCAGGGGCUUACCGUACCCCAAACGGAGAUGGCAACUUUCCCCGCGCUCAUGACCCUCGAAACAUUGCAAAAACAGCUGCAGGAACUCAAAUCGUCACUGGCUCCAGGGAUCCAACAAAGGGAACUUAUCAUAGCACACAUCUACUCAACACAGCUCAUCCUCAGCGAGACCGCAUAUAAAAUCCACUGCCUAGUCCCCAUACUGGUUAGUCAAUUCGCUCGAAUGACCGCAACAGGGUCAAUGAACAGCACUAGUCGUCCCUCGUCCCGUCAGGAGCGAUCGAAGUACCUCUGGGAAUGUGUCCGCGCAGCACAGGCCUGCACCACGGUCUUACUGGACUCCCCACAUUCCACACAAUCGACCUUCAGGGGCAUCUCAUUCCUGCAAUGGGCACAGCUCGCUCGCUGCGUCGUUGCGCUGAAAUGGCUGACCUCGUCGAUGGAUGAUGAGAUAAUAUGGAACACUGACGGAGUAAGGGCUGUCAUUGAUGUGCAUGAGGUUCUGGGCCGGGCGGCUGAGAAACUGAAACUGGCGGCGAAGGAGGCCGGUGAGCAGGAGGGAAACGGGCAGUUCGGUCAGCUUGCACGGGAGAUGCGUCGGUUUUGCACUGAGUCUGAUUUGAUUAGCAAUGAGGUGAACGGGGACCAGGCGGGCAGGAGAAAGGGACGGGAUAGCUUGUGGUUUACUACGGUUUGGGGUGUAGCGGGUGGAUCGACUUGA